AUGCGGAUCUCUCUCUUUCUCUUCGCUCCCCUCGUGGGGGCUGCUGUUCUGAACCAUCGAGACAACAUCGAUCAAUGCCCUGGCUACAAAGCCGUCAAUUUCAAUGACCAAGGCCUGAAAUUUACGGCUGACCUGACUCUGAAUGGUGAUCCUUGCAAUGCAUAUGGCUAUGACCUGCAGGAUCUGAAGCUUCUAGUUGAGUACCAGGAUGAUGACCGUCUUCAUGUAAUGAUCUACGAUGCGGAUGAGGAGGUCUAUCAGGGCCAGCCUUCCCUACGAUUCGACUACCAGCCCGAUCCCUUCAGUUUCCGUGUCCUGCGCCAGACUGAUAAUGGCGAUGAGCAGGUUCUGUUCGAUACUACGGAAACCAACAUCAUCUUUGAAUCUCAGUAUCUAAAUCUGCGUACCUGGCUACCAAAUGAUCCAAACUUGUACGGACUGGGUGAGCACACCGACUCACUGCGUCUGCCCACAACUAACUACACGCGAACUCUCUGGAGUCGCGAUGCUUAUGGUGUGCCCUCUAACACAAAUUUGUAUGGUAACCACCCGGUCUAUUUCGAUCAUCGUGGUGAUGCCGGCACCCACGGAGUCUUCUUCUUGAACUCCAAUGGCAUGGACAUCAAGAUCGACAAGACCGAUGAUGGUCGUCAGUUCCUGGAGUACAAUACUGUGGGCGGAGUCUUUGACUUUUACUUCAUGGCGGGUCCGACUCCGAAAGAUGUCGCCAAGCAGUAUUCAGAAGUCGUGGGUCUACCGACCAUGCAGGCCUACUGGACCUUUGGUUUCCACAAUUGUCGAUACGGAUACCGGGAUGUCUACGAUGUUGCUGAAGCGGUGUAUAACUACACUCAUGCUCACAUCCCACUGGAGACCAUGUGGACAGACAUUGACUACAUGGAUGCUCGACGUGUCUUCACGCUAGACCCCGAACGCUUCCCUCUCGAGAAGAUGCAAGAGUUGGUGAACUAUCUUCACCACCACCACCAGCAUUACAUUGUCAUGGUGGACCCAGCUGUUAGUGCCAGCGACAAUGGCGCCUUCAACCGAGGCAAAGAGGCUGAUGUCUUUUUGCACUACCCUAACUCGCCUGACUCGUUCUACGAAGGUGCCGUCUGGCCCGGCGUUACCGUCUACCCAGAUUGGUUCAAUCCCGUCGCUACACAGUCGUGGUGGAAUGAUGAGUUCAAGAGAUUCUUCAACGAGCAGGACGGAGUCAACAUCGACGGCCUCUGGAUCGAUAUGAAUGAAGCCUCCAAUUUCUGUCCCUAUCCAUGCACCAACCCCGAGCAGUACGCUGAGAAUAACGAUCUUCCUCCCGCGCCUCCAUCUGUUCGCCAGCCACCGCGCACCAUUCCCGGCUUCCCUGGUGACUUCCAGCCUAAGAAGAAUGGCAAGCAGCGUCGCUCUACAGGGCGCAGGCUUGGACUGCCGAAUCGUAAUCUCAUUUCGCCACCCUAUGCAAUUGCUAACGCUGCUGGGUCGCUCAGCAACAAGACCAUUGAUACUGAUAUCAUUCAUGCUGGUGACGGGUAUGCUGAGUAUGACACCCAUAACCUCUACGGUACUAUGAUGAGCUCUGCCUCUCGCGAGGCAAUGCUGGCCCGCCAGCCUGAGGUCCGUCCUCUCGUUAUCACUCGUAGCACCUUUGCCGGUGCCGGUUCUCAUGUCGGUCACUGGCUCGGUGACAACCUCAGCCAGUGGGACAAGUACCGUGUCUCCAUCUCUGAGAUGCUAGCCUUUGCCUCAAUCUUCCAGAUUCCCAUGGUCGGCUCCGACGUUUGCGGCUUUGGCGGCAACACAACCGAAGAGCUCUGCGCCCGCUGGGCAACCCUUGGCGCCUUCUAUCCAUUUUACCGCAACCACAACCAGCUAGGCUCGAUAGGUCAAGAAUUCUACCGCUGGCCCGUCGUCGCCGACGCCGCACGCAAGAUUAUCGACAUUCGUUACCGCCUCCUCGACUACCUCUACACAGCCUUCCACCGCCAAACCCAGACAGGCGAGCCUUUCCUCCAACCUCUUUUCUACAUCUAUCCCAACGACGCAAACACAUUCUCCAAUGAAGGCCAAUUCUUCUACGGAGAUUCCCUCCUCAUCUCCCCAGUUCUCGACCAAGGCUCAACCUCCGUAGAAGCCUACUUUCCCUCGGACACAUUCUACGACUGGACAACUGGCGCCCGCAUCACCGGCCAAGGCAAGAAUAUCACACUCUCCAACAUCGCCCUCACCGAUAUCCCAAUGCACAUUCGGGCGGGCAGUGUUCUCCCGCUUCGCUCCAAAGGCGCUAUGACAACUACAGAAUUGCGCACGCGUGGCUUCGAAAUCGUCAUCGCACCCAACGACGACAAUAUUGCCGCGGGCGAACUGUACCUCGAUGAUGGCGAAUCGCUGAACCCGCAAGGAACAUCCCUUAUUCACUUCACCUUCAGAGAUAACAAAUUGCGUCUCCACGGUGACUUUGGAUACCAGGGUAAUGUGGUCGUGGAGACUGUGACGUUGUUGGGUCAGAAGAAUGCUGGAUCUCGUCGGGAUGUUUCCGUUGAAUUUGACGAGAAGCGCCAGGCGCUUUCAAAGGUUGUGAAUAUUGCAUUGAGUGGCCCAGUGGUUAUUGACAUUUGA